AGCUCAGGGAAAGAACGGGGGAGUAGAAUUAAAGUAAAACACGGAAUUAUACAAGUGCUUUAAGUUUAAAGGAAUGGCAUUGUUUUGUUCUUCUAUCAUCAAGAGGGUAGUGGUGCCCAAACUGACCAGGAAGUUAGUAGGAUGCCAUCUGCAUACCUGUGCCUCCAGACAUGCAGCAGCUCCACCUGAUGAUGGGAGCCACUUGUGGUUGUCCAGCUUUGGAGGUGGGGCUGUGGACCUGACUAAAGACGACGUGUCAGGCCUGGCUGUCCUCACUCUCAACAAUCCAGAACGCCUCAAUGCCGUUACAGGUAACAUGAUGCUCCAACUGGCUGACAUCGUCAAUGACCUGAAGGAAUGGAAGGGGGGAAAAGCCCUGAUUGUCCAUGGGAAGGGACAUACUUUCUGUACUGGUGCUGACCUAAACAUGGUACGCAACAUGCUAGACAGCAAGCAUGGCCGAGAAAUGUGUGCCUUCAUGCACAAAACACUGACUGAGCUUCACCGACUUCCUCUCAUCAGUGUUACAGCUAUAGACGGACCAGCUAUAGGAGGGGGUGCAGAACUUUGCACAGCCACUGACUUCAGGGUAAUGACAGAACAGGCUCACAUAAGGUUUGUUCAGGCCCUACUGGGCAUUGUUCCGGGAUGGGGGGGUGGCACCAGGCUGACCAGACUUGUUGGCCGAACCAGGGCUCUAGAUCUACUGUCAUCUGGAAGGGCAAUCAGUCCAGAGGAGGCAGUGGAGAUGGGACUUGCCAACUGGAUGAUUCCAACAGGACACGAUGUCGUAGAAGCAACGACGGAUUGGGUCCAGAAGUACACGAAAGGGAAACCAGAAGUGGUGAGGGCAGUGAAGAACGUGGUGGUGGCUGGGGCUGAGAUGUCCUUGGAAGAAUCUCUGGCAGAGGAAGCAGAACAGUUUGUGAACGUUUGGGGUGGCCCAGCUCAUCAGGAGGCUAUGUUGAGAAAUGCGAGACACAAAAAAUAAUCCGGAGAUCCAGAAAAUAAAAUAAAAACAACUACUAUCAAUAUUUGUUCUAUUACAUAGACUUGGUGGAGGAUUAGGCCUGUUCACUAGAAUUGGGGCCCCUACAGUCUAUACAUGUAAACUCAGGGACCAGUAGUGAUUUUACCCUAUGGAGGAAGACAGGUAUUUCCAUAACAUGUUGCAUGAAAAAUAUGUAUACCCAAUGUAUGGGGGAUUUUAUCGUUACUCCAUUAUCAAUAAUAAGUUAUAAAAUUACGGUUUUAUUUCAUGCAAGUUUCUUUGCUAGUCAAAUGGGUGUUGGUUUUCCUCAGAAGUUUUAUGAGACAGAAUUUUAAACCUUUGAAUCUUGACAUAUGAGUAACAUGAUAUCACUAGUUGUCUUCUGGAUCACAUGAAAAAGAUCAUCUUUAGGAAAAAUAAAGACAUGCUAGACGUACUA